CCUAUGAUUACUAAUAUGGAUCAUAAUAUAUCUGUAGUUCACAGCUUAAACAUUUAGAGUUAUAUUGUAAUAAAAAUCAAAGAUGACUUUACCAGGUGGACCGAUGGAAAUAUGUUUUUCAUUUGAUACGACUGGAUCUAUGUCAGGUUGUAUUAAUGAAGUGAAAGGAAAUGUUCAGGACAUGAUACAACGCCUCCAAGCGGACAUUCCUGGUAUUCGGAUGGCAGUAUUUGCUCAUGGUGACUACUGUGACAAACACAGCUACAUAACGAAACAUAUUGACUUCUCGACAAAUGUAGCAGAACUGUGUACUUGGGUAAAAAAUGUGGGAUCUACCGGCGGUGGUGAUGGGGAUGAAUGCUACGAACUUGUUUUACAAAACGUCCAAAAGUUGUCUUGGACCCCAGGAUCAAAGAGAGCGCUUGUGAUGAUUGGCGAUGCUGAUCCACACGAACCGGGAUAUAAAUAUGGCGGGAAAACUUAUAAAAUAGAUUGGAGGAAAGAGGCAUACCAGCUAAUGACAAUGAAUGUCAGAAUAUAUGGCGUACAGUGCGGAAGUUAUAGUUCAACGAAGGACUUCUACAAAAAGAUAUCUACUGCCACAGAUGGCAAAUGUUUAGAAUUAGCAGAUUUCAGAAACAUGUUUGACUUUAUGAUGGCAAUUUGUUACAGAGAACACGACGAAACUCUCUUACAGAACUACGAGAAAGAGGUUCGGGCUAGAGGGUCAACGGUUCAUAAAGAUCUAGAUGCAUUAUUUGGGAAAUUGAGAUCAGACGCUGAUGUGAUGGAUACAGUUCCUGCUCCCAUAACAAAGAUACCAUCGUUAACAAAGCCUGGAUCUAUUAAAGCCCUAAAACCAACUCCAAAGCCAGUACUAAAGAAAACCAUAAAGACAAAGGCUCUACGCUUCAAACCAAAGCAUGAUAAAUUGAAGGACAAAAGGAAAAACGGACUUUUUGAUAAAUACAAGCUACAAAACUUGCCAAAACUAAAGAGGGAAAAUGUUCCAGAAACAAAUUUCAUGUUGAAUAGCGCACAUUGGUCUAAAUGGCAGGUUGCAAUGGUAUCGUCUGUACCAGAUGACGAGGAGCACAUGUGGGAAAAACGGCAUGGGGAUUCAGAAGGAUACAGAAGGAAAGUAAUUUGUGGCGGAAGUUACAAGAAACCAACUUUAUACGAGUUCGCAGUACAAAAUGGAGAACGUUGUAGGAGAUACGUUGUUUACUGCAAGUCAAGUAAAGGAUUCAUUUUGAAUAGAGGAUCAUGGGAAACUAGAUUGUUGACAAAGUCUGACGUGAAGUCUCAGAUUAAUGACAUUUUGAAAAAAGACAUGCGACUGUUUGUCCGGAGUUGUCCAUUAAUGAAAAGUCAAGAUAAACUACUCGCUUUGAAUCAUUAUGACUAUGCUUGGUCAAACAAAGGCUCAAUAAGAACUGUGAAACACAUAGAUGUAUAGAACUAUAAAUGGGCACUGCUAACUAUAGUAAUACUGGUGCAUUUGUUAUAAAUACUCAUCUAAGAAGGGGUGACUAACAAUAUAUAUCAUGUCUCGGUCAAACAUUUUCAUUUUUGUUUUGCUGUGUAUAUUUCAUAAUGUUAUCCUGAUUGUAAAUAAUGUAAAUAUAAUAAAUAGUGUACAUUGUAAGACGGAAGACACAGUUCAGCCAAGUUAACUUCUGUGAUAAAUUAAUUGUGAUAAAUAAGGUUUCAAUAUUGUAUAUACAAAUGUAUAUAGUGAACAAUUAUUGGUUUGUUGUAUGUAUGUAAAUAGUUCAAAUACAUGUGAAUAAAAUAUGUUAUAAAUGAUAA